GCGCUUACAGGGAGCGAGGUGAAAGGUGAAGAAAUUCGUUUAGUUAGACAUUCGUCGGUAUCCGAAGAAAACGGAAACAGUGUUAGUGUGAAGUUGCUCUCGAGGUCACACCGUGUGUGCGUUAUAUCGGUACCGCGAUUACUUACUUGCCAUACUUUUGGACUAAAUUUUGCGAGCUCUUCAACAUGAGUAAGACCAGUUUCGUGGAUUAUUCGCCGGAUUGCGAUUUUCCUAUUGAAAAUUUACCGUAUGGAGUGUUCUCGACUAAAGACGACGGAACCCCUCGUAUUGGAGUGGCCAUUGGAGAUUUGAUACUGGAUUUGAAGAAGAGUAAUGGCGUCUUUCAGGGACCUCUACUCAAAGGAAAAACUGAUGUUUUUAAACAGACCACUCUUAAUGAUUUUAUGGCCUUGGGGAAGCCGUACUGGAUCGAAGCCAGGCAAAGUUUGCAAUCGUAUCUAGCCAAAGAAAACAGCUCCAAUCGUAAUAAAGGCGUCUUUGUACCUCAAAGUGAAGCGAAAAUGCAUUUACCAGCUCAAAUAGGAGAUUAUUCGGAUUUCUUCUCCUCUUACUACCACGCUUAUAAUUGCAGUCUGAUGUUCAACAUGGCCAUAUUGAAGUCAAAUUGGAGACAUAUUCCAAUUGCUUACCACGGUCGGUCUUCUUCCAUUUGCAUAUCUGGUACGCCGGUCAAACGGCCAGUAGGUCAGAUUAUCGAAAACCCUGCUCAACCUGAACCAACUCUACAGCCAACAAAGAGACUGGAUUUCGAGCUCGAAGUAGGUGUUUUUCUCGGUGGACCGUUGAACAAACUGGGAACUACGAUGGAUAUUGAUACCGUCCAAGAUAAUAUUUUUGGAGUCGUUAUUUUAAACGAUUGGAGUGCUAGAGAUGUCCAACUAUGGGAGAUGGUACCAUUGGGACCUUUCUUGGCGAAAAAUUUUGCUUCCACUAUAUCGCCCUGGAUUGUCACUAUGGAAGCUUUGCAACCUUUUUUGACUGAAAAUAUGAAGCAGGAUCCUGUUCCUUUGCCUUACCUGCGUCAUGAAGAUAAUUAUAAUUUUGAUAUCGUGCUAGAAGCGCAUCUAAAGACUGAUACUUCUCUAACCAAAUUAAGCCAAUCGAAUUACAAAUACUUGUAUUGGACUGCUAAACAACAAUUGUGCCAUCAUGCCAUAACCGGCUGUAACAUGAGACCAGGAGAUUUAUUGGGUUCUGGAACUAUAAGUGGACCUACGAAAGAUUCAGUUGGAUGUUUAAUGGAGUUGACAUUCAACGCUAGAGAUCCUGUCACUCUUACUGAUGGUAAGCACAGGACAUUCUUAGAAGAUGGCGAUGAGGUGAUAUUAUCUGGAUAUUGUCAAGGACAAGGAUAUCGUGUUGGAUUUGGAAAAUGCUCGGGGAAGAUCCUACCUUCUGAUUACCCCCUUUGAAGUAUACUUACAUUGAAUAUUUUAAAAUGCGUAUACUACUUAAGGAGGAUAAUUUUUUUUUGAUCGGAUAUUUUUGUCUGAAAAUUUGGUGGUAUUAAUAGAAUUAGUGAGAUAUUUUUGUUUCAAAAAGGAGUGUGAUAAAUCUUGUUUAAUUUUAUUGCAAUUUUUUAUCAAUAAAGUUCUACUUUCAUUUAUCUAAAACCUAACUUAAAA